UCUUUUUCACAGGCACAUACAGUAUGUAUUUAAACAUUGCAUUAAGGGCGUUGACUAGGUGUGCGUGUUAACACCAAUAAUGGGUGUCAGCUUGUCCCUUUUUUGGCUUUCUCUUCAUUGAAUUCUUCAGUUGACCAUGUCUUGGUACCACAGAACGUCCGUUCUUGUAGUCAUUCUAGCUAUUUUACCGGAUCAUAUAAUGUUAUCCACCAAAGCUGAAAGUACGGAAUUUAAUGAGCUGCUGAAUGGGAAAAUAUUGCGUGUAGCCGCAGUCGAAAUUUCUCCAUUCGUUGAAUUUGUACGAGAUGAAAAUGGGAUUGUCGUUGACGGAAAAGGCUUUUCUUUUGAAAUCCUCGCUGCCCUUAUGGAAACCUACAAUUUCUCGAUAACAAUUGAAGUCCCAAAGGAUAAAGCAUACGGAGCGCUUUUGGCGAAUGGAACUUGGAAUGGAAUGAUUGGAAUGAUUCUAAAUAACGAAUCGGAUGUCGGCAUCGGUUCAUUCUCCGUGACGCACGUUCGCAACCGCGUUGUCGACUUCACGGUUGCUUAUUACGAAGAAUCCAGCGGCAUUCUGAUCCCUGCUCCGACUCUCGGGAAGCAAACGUCAGCCUUCGUCAAGCCUUUCCAUUUUCGAGUAUGGAUAAUUUUGAUAGCGAUCCUUGGAAUCCUACCGUGCAUCAUGUGGGUCCAGUCCAAAAUACUAGCAAAAGCGAAAAUGUCGAUGGCCCGAAAACGAGAACAACGGUUCAUGCUUGUCUACGGAGUCCUUCUAACGCAAUGCAAGUCUAGUCCGUUGUCAUACAGAAUUGUGUUCCGAUUAGCCUUGCUAAAAAAUUACUAA